AUGGCAUCGGGCUGCCUUCCACGGAGCCCGGGUUGUGGCAGGGACAGCGUCUCCCCGCUGUUGUUUGAUCUGGACAGCACCGGUCCUUCUGUUCCGAUCCACGGAGAGAGGUUCAGGAUGCCACGGGGAGGAACAAUGAAGCGUUGCAUUGCUGCCAGCAACCUUCUGCUGUCCCUCCUGGUCUUGGAGCUGAUCCCUCUGGGUCAGGGCAACCGGCUACCCUACUUCAUAAACUACUUCUUUGACACCUACCUGCUGAUCAAUGAGGACACACCUGUGGGCUCCUCAGUGACCCAGCUGCUGGCCCGGGACCUAGACAAUGACCCGCUGGUGUUUGGUGUGGUUGGCGAGGAGGCCAGCAGGUUCUUCGCUGUGGAAAGUGUCACUGGAGUUGUCUGGCUCCGGCAGCCCCUGGACAGAGAGACCAAGUCAGAAUUCACGGUUGAAUUUUCUGUCAGCGACAGCCAGGGGGUGAUCAAGGGGACGGUCAACAUCCAAGUGGGAGAUGUGAAUGACAAUGCACCACAGUUCCACAACCAGCCCUACAGUGUCCGCAUACCUGAGAACACUCCGGUGGGCACUCCAAUUUUUAUUGUGAAUGCCACAGAUCCGGACCAGGGGGCAGGUGGCAGCGUGCUGUACUCCUUCCAGCCUCCAUCCAGCUUCUUUGCCAUCGACAGUGGACGCGGCAUCGUGACUGUCAUCCGGGAGCUGGACUACGAGGUGACGCAGGCAUACCAGCUCCAGGUCAACGCAACGGACCAAGACAAGAACAAGCCGCUAUCCACUCUGGCUAACCUGGCCAUCACCAUCACAGAUGUGCAGGACAUGGACCCCAUUUUCAUCAACCUGCCCUACAGCACAAACAUCUAUGAGAACUCGCCUCCGGGUACCACAGUGCGGAUGAUAACGGCCAUCGACCAGGACAAGGGCCGGCCCCGUGGCAUUGGCUACACCAUCGUCUCAGGCAACACCAACAGCAUCUUUGCUCUGGACUACAUCAGUGGAGCACUGACCCUGAAUGGGCCACUGGACCGAGAGAAUCCCUUCUACAGCUCUGGGUUCAUCCUGACGGUGAAGGGCACCGAGCUAAAUGAUGACCGCACACCCUCCAAUGCCACCGUCACCACCACCUUCAAUAUCCUGGUCAUUGACGUCAAUGACAACGCGCCCGAGUUCAACAGCUCCGAGUACAGCGUGGCCAUCCCUGAGCUGGCCCAGGUGGGCUUCGCACUGCCCCUCUUCAUCCAGGUGCAGGACAAGGAUGAGGGCCCCAACAGUGUGUUUGAGGUCUACCUGGUGGGCAACAACUCCAACCACUUCAUCAUCUCACCCACGUCCAUCCAGGGGAAGGCAGACAUCCGCGUCCGUGUGGCUGUGCCACUUGACUUCGAAACCAUCCCCCGCUACGAGUUCUCGCUCUUUGCAAAUGAGAGCAUCCCAGAGCAUGUUGGCUUCGCACGUGUGAAGAUCAACCUCAUCAACGAGAACGACAAUCGUCCGGUCUUCAGCAAGGCCCUCUACAAUGUCAGCCUUCCAGAGAAUGCCACCGUGGGCACGACUGUGCUCCAGGUCCAUGCAACUGACAAUGAUGUGGGCAGCUAUGGGAAAGUCAGUUAUUUCUUCAGCGAUGACCCCGAUCGUUUUUCACUGGACAAGGACACGGGUGUGAUCCUGCUGAUAGCCCGACUGGACUUUGAGACCAUGCAGCGCUACACGCUGACUGUCAUUGCACGGGAUGGUGGCGGCGAGGAGACAGCAGGGCGCAUCAGGAUCAACGUCCUGGAUGUCAAUGACAACGUGCCCACCUUCCAGAAGGAGGCAUACCUGGGGGCACUGCGAGAGAACGAGCCCUCUGUCACCCAGGUGGUCCGGCUCCGGGCAUCUGAUGAGGACUCCCCUCCAAACAACCAGAUCACCUACAGCAUCGUGCAGGCAUCUGCCUUCCGCGAGUACUUUGACAUCACGGUAUCAGAAGGAUAUGGAGUGAUAAGUGUGAAUCACCCCCUCGACUAUGAGCAGAUAGCCAAUGGGGUCAUCUACCUGACCGUGAUGGCCAAGGACGCUGGUAACCCACCACUCAACAGCACUGUCCCCGUCACCAUCGAGGUGUUUGAUGAGAAUGACAACCCACCGACCUUCAGCAAGCCUUCCUACGUGAUAGCCAUCAUGGAGGACAUCAUGGCAGGUGCUACCGUGCUGUUCCUCAAUGCCACAGACUUGGACCGGUCCAGGGAGUAUGGGCAGGAGUCAAUCAUCUACUCCCUGGAGGGCUCCUCUCAUUUUCGGAUCAACGCUCGCUCGGGAGAGAUCACGACGACAUCCUUGCUGGACCGGGAGGCCAAAUCUGAAUAUAUCCUCAUUGUUAGAGCAGUGGAUGGGGGUGUGGGUCACCAUCAGAAGACAGGCAUUGCCAUGGUGAACAUCACGCUGCUGGACAUCAAUGACAACUACCCCACCUGGAAGGAUGCGCCCUACUUUAUCAACCUGGUGGAAAUGACCCCCCCGAAUUCAGACGUCACCACGGUGGUGGCUGUAGAUCCAGACCUGGGGGAGAACGGCACGGUGGUGUACAGCAUCCGCCCCCCCAACAAGUUCUACAGCCUCAACAGCACCUCUGGCAAGAUCCGCACCUCCGGCGUCCAGCUGGACCGUGAGAACCCCAACCCACAGGAGGCUGAGCUGAUGCGGAGGAUUGUGGUGUCGGUCACCGACUGUGGGCGGCCACCCCUGCGAGCCACGAGCAGUGCCACAGUGUUUGUCAACCUGCUGGAUCUGAAUGACAAUGAUCCCACUUUCCAAAACUUGCCCUUCGUUGCUGAGAUAUCUGAGGGUCUUCCUGCUGGCACCUCUGUUUUCCAGGUGCUGGCCAUUGACCUGGAUGAGGGCCCCAACGGGUGGGUGACGUAUCGCAUGCAGGUGGGGAUGCCCCGUAUGGACUUCCUCAUCAACAGCACCAGCGGGCUCAUCAUCUCCACUACCGUGCUGGACCGGGAGAGGAUCGCUGAGUACUAUCUGCGUGUGGUGGUCAGCGAUGCUGGCACGCCCUCCAAGAGCUCCACCAGCACCCUCACUGUUAAAGUGCUGGAUGUGAACGAUGAGAGCCCCACCUUCUUCCCAGCCAUCUACAACGUGUCAUUGCCUGAGAAUGUGGCCCGGGACUUCAAAGUGGUCCGACUCAACUGCACAGAUGCUGACGUGGGACUGAAUGCUGAGCUCAGCUACUUCAUCACAGGUGGGAACCAGGAUGGCAAAUUCAGCGUCGGCUUCAGGGAUGGGGUGGUCAGGACAGUCGUGAGCCUGGACAGGGAGACGGUGGCAUCGUAUGCACUGAUCCUGGAGGCCAUCGACAACGGCCCCACCGGGAACCGCCGCACUGGGACCGCCACUGUUUAUGUCACUGUCCUGGAUGUCAAUGAUAACCGGCCCAUCUUCCUUCAGAGCAGCUAUGAAGCUAGUGUACCUGAGGACAUCCCAGCUGCCAGCAGCAUCGUGCAGGUGAAAGCUACAGAUGCAGACGAGGGCGUGAAUGGGAGAGUGUGGUACAGGAUCGUUAAGGGGAAUGAGCACAACAACUUUCGGAUCAACCCCAGCAGCGGGCUGCUGAUGCGUGGCGUGCGGCCCCUGGACCGUGAACAGAACUCCUCUCACGUCCUGGAGGUGGAAGCCUACAACACAGAGCACGGCCCCAUGAGGAGUUCCGUGCGGGUGAUCGUGUACGUGGAGGAUGUGAACGACGAGGUGCCAGUGUUCACCCAGCGGCAGUACAACCGCCUGGGGCUGCGUGAGACGGCCGGCAUUGGCACCUCAGUGGCCGUGGUGCGGGCCACGGACAGGGACACAGGGAACGGCGGCUUGGUCAGCUACCAAAUCCUGUCGGGUGCCGAAGGGAAGUUUGAGAUUGAUGAGAGCACAGGUCUCAUCACCACCAUCGACUACCUGGACUAUGAGACCAAGACGAGCUACCUGAUGAAUGUCUCAGCCACAGACCAGGCUCCACCCAACAACCAGGGCUUCUGCAGCGUGUACGUCAGCCUGCUGAAUGAGCUGGAUGAGGCUGUGCAAUUCUCCAACAGCAGCUAUGAGGCUGUCAUCAUGGAGAACAUCCCGCUGGGAUCCGAGGUGCUCCGUGUCCAGGCCCGCUCCAUCGACAACCUCAACCAGAUCACCUACAAGUUUGAUCCCAACACCAACGCCCAGGCACUCUCUCUCUUCAAAAUCAACGGCAUCACUGGGGUGAUCACGGUGAAAGGCCAAGUGGAUCGGGAGAAGGGAGAUUUCUACACCUUGACGGUGGUGGCCGAUGACGGAGGGCCAAAGGUCGACUCCACAGUGAAGGUGACCAUCACGGUCCUGGAUGAGAAUGACAACAGCCCACAGUUCGACAUCACCUCCGAUUCAUCCGUCAGCGUUCCAGAGGACAGCGCGGUGGGCAGGAGGGUGGCUGUGGUCCUGGCUCGUGACCCUGAUGCAGGCAGCAAUGGGCAGGUGACAUUCUCACUGACAGCAGGGAAUGUGGGGCAGGCGUUUGAGAUCCGCACCACUAACAACACCUAUGGAGAGGUGCUCGUGGCUCGGCCGCUGGACCGGGAGCUGCUCGAUCACUACACCCUGCGGAUCCAAGCUUCGGAUGGUGGCGUGCCCCCCCGGAGGAAAGAGCACACCCUGCGGGUCACCAUCCUUGACGUCAACGACAACCCGCCCGUCAUCGAUAGCCCCUUUGGCUACAAUGUGAGCGUGAGUGAGAACGUCGGUGGGGGCACGGCAGUGGUCCAGGUGCGCGCCACCGACCGGGAUGCCGGCCUCAACAGCGUCCUGUCCUACUACAUCACCCGCGGGAACGAGGAUCUCACCUUCCGCAUGGACCGAGUCACCGGCGAGAUCGCUACACGGCCCUCCCCACCAGACCGUGAGCGGCAGAGCUCCUACUGCCUGCUGGUCACUGUGGAGGACGAGGGCAACCCCUCACUGUCGGCCACCACCACGGUGUUCGUCACCAUCCUGGACGAGAAUGACAAUGCUCCAGUGUUCCAGCAGCAGCUGUACGAGGUGACGUUGGAUGAGGGCCCUGCCACUCUCAAUGCCACACUCGUCACCGUGCAGGCCCUGGACCGGGACGAAGGGCCCAAUGGCACGGUGACAUAUGCUAUCACUGAAGGCAACAUCUUGGGCACUUUCCACAUCAACAGCACCACGGGACAGAUCCGCACCCUGAAGGAGCUGGACUACGAGAUCAGCCACGGGCGCUACACCUUGGUGGUCACUGCCACUGACCAGUGCCCCAUCGCCUCGCGCCGGCUGACAUCAACCACCACGGUGCUGGUGAAUCUCAAUGACAUAAAUGACAACUGUCCCACCUUCCCACGGCCCUACGAAGGCCCCUUCGAUGUGACAGAGGGACAGCCUGGCCCCCGCAUCUGGACCUUCCUGGCCCACGAUGGGGACUCGGGGCCCGGUGGGCAGGUGGAGUACAGCAUCAUCGCUGGGGACCCUCUGGGGGAGUUUGUGAUCUCCCCAGUGGAGGGGGAGCUACGGGUGCGGAAGGAUGCUGAGCUGGACCGUGAGAACGUCCCCUUCUACAACCUCACUAUCUCCGCCCGGGACCGGGGUGUGCCCCCACUCAGCUCCACGAUGCUUGUGGGUGUACGUGUGCUGGACAUCAAUGACAACGACCCCGUGCUCCUCAACCUGCCAAUGAACAUCACCCUCAGUGAGCACGCCCCGGUCUCCAGCUUCGUCACACGCAUCCUCGCUCAGGACGCAGACCAGGGCCCGAAUGCCCUCCUUACCUUCGACAUAACUGCUGGCAACAAAGAGAGUGCCUUCUACAUCAACAGCACCACCGGCAUCAUCUACGUAAACCGCCCCUUGGACAGGGAGCGGGUGGCAGAGUACAGGCUGACCAUCACGGUGAAGGACAACCCUGAGAACAUCCGCAAUGCCAGGCGGGAUUUUGACCUGCUGGUCAUUUCCAUAGCGGAUGAAAACGACAACCACCCCCUCUUCACCCAGAGCUCCUACCAGGCCGAGGUGAUGGAGAACUCACCCCCGGGAACUCCAGUCACCAUUCUCAAUGGACCCAUCCUAGCUUUGGACGGUGACCAGGGCAGUAAUGCUAUGGUGACCUACCAGCUCUUGGCAACAUCCCUGGACCUCUUCAUUAUCAACAAUAGGACAGGUGUUGUUUCAGUGAAGCCUGGUAGUGUGAUAGACCGUGAAGCUUUGCUGGACCCACUGCUGGACUUCACGCUGGUGGCCGUUGACACUGGGGGGCUGAACAGCACCGCUAGUCUCACAGUGACCAUCCUGGAUGACAAUGACAACCGCCCUGUCUUCCAGCCAGUGUCCAUCACAGCUCGGCUGAGGGAAAACAGCCCCCCAGGCUUUUCCGUCCUCCAGGUGACAGCCACAGACGCAGACAGUGGCCUCAACAAGCAACUGGAUUACAGGAUCGAGGGCGGAGGCCAGGACAGGUUCCUGAUUGAUGCCACCACAGGGGUGAUCCGUGUGGCCAACCUCAGCAUUGACCGGGAGGAGCGGGAUGCCUAUCGGCUGACAGUAGUGGCCGUGGACCAGGGCACACCGGCUCUCUCAGGCACUGCCACCAUCAGCAUCCUCAUUGAUGAUGUCAAUGACUGCCGGCCUGAAUUCAUCAACCCCAUCCAGACAGUCAGCGUGCCUGAAUCAGCCAUCCCUGGAACCGUGGUGGCCGAGGUGACCGCCAUUGACCGGGACCUCCAUCCACGCCUGGAGUACUACCUGCUGGAGAUUGUGGCCCGUGAUGACACAGAUGCACUGGUGCCCGACCAGCAGGAAGCAUUCACGGUGGAUUUUAGGACAGGAGCUGUGAAGAUCAAAACCCCCCUCAACCGGGAACUUGUGGCCACCUACGAGGUCACCAUCUCCGUCCAUGACAAUGCCAGUGAAGUCAUUGACCGCUCAGUCAGCGUGCCCAAUGCCAAACUGACGGUUAACGUCUUGGAUGUCAAUGACAACACGCCACGCUUCCGUCCGUUCGGGGUCACCUAUUUCACCGAGCGGAUCCUGGAGGGAGCCACACAAGGCACCACACUCAUCUCCAUCUCAGCAGUGGAUCCAGACAAAGGGGCCAAUGGGCAGAUCACCUAUGAGCUGCUGGACCUGUCCCCAGAAGGCUAUGCCUGCCUAGAGGAUCAGUCGGCAGGGAAAGUCGUGGCCAACAGGACAGUGGACUACGAGGAGGUGCAGUGGCUGAACUUCACUGUCCGAGCUUCCGACAACGGCUCUCCCCGCAGAUCCGCCGAGAUCCCUGUGUACCUCCAGAUAGUGGACGUCAAUGACAACAACCCCAUCUUCAGCCAGCCGUCCUACCAGAAAGCUGUCUUUGAGGACGUGCCGUUGGGUACGGUCAUCCUGAGGGUCAAGGCCACAGAUGCGGAUUCUGGGCGCUUUGCUCUCAUCCAGUACAGCCUAAGGGAUGGAGAGGGCAAGUUUGGGAUAAAUCCCGAAACGGGUGACAUCUACAUCCUGUCAGCCCUGGACCGGGAGAAGAAGGACCACUACACGCUGACAGCUGUGGCUAGGGACAACCCUGGGGACAUCUCCAGUAACCGUCGGGAGAACUCUGUGCAGGUACUGAUCACCGUCCUGGACAUCAAUGACUUCAGACCGCAGUUUAGCAAGAGCCAGUUCAGCACCAGCGUCUACGAGAAUGAGCCAGCAGGUACAUCAGUGAUCACCAUGACCGCAACGGACCUGGAUGAGGGGGACAACGGUGUGGUGACCUAUAGCAUUGAGGGUCCUGGAGCAGAGGCCUUCAAAAUCAAUAAGGACUCUGGCCUUAUCACAUCCCGGCGGCGCUUGCAGUCCUAUGAGAGAUUCAACCUGACUGUGGUGGCCACAGACAAAGGUCGUCCCCCACUCUGGGGGACCACCAUGCUUCACAUCGAGGUCAUUGACAUCAACGACAACCGCCCUGUCUUUGUCCGCCCCCCCAAUGGCACCAUUCUGCACAUCAAGGAGGAGAUCCCUCUGCGCUCCAACGUCUACGAGGUCUAUGCCACUGACAAGGAUGAGGGUCUCAAUGGGGCAGUACUGUACAGCCUCCUGAAAACCGGGGCAGGGAACAAGGACUGGGAGUAUUUCAGCAUCGACGCUGUCAGUGGGCUGAUCCAGACGGCCAUGCGGUUGGACCGGGAGAAGCAAGCAGUGUACAAUCUGAUCAUUGUGGCCUCUGACCAGGGCCAGCCAACCUAUGAGACGAUGCAGCCCCUCCAGGUCGCGCUCGAUGACAUUGAUGACAAUGAGCCUAUCUUCCUCAGGCCACCUAGAGACAGCCCCCAGUACCAGGCACUCUACGUUCCUGAGCACUCGCAGCCUGGCACCGUGGUGGGCAAUGUCACUGGUGCAGUGGAUGCAGAUGAGGGCUCCAAUGCCAUCGUCUACUACUUCAUAGCAGCUGGGAACCAAGAGAGCAACUUCCAGUUGAGCCGGGAGGGGAAGCUCCAAGUCCUGCGCGACCUGGACCGCGAGAAGGAACCCUACUACUCCAUCAUCGUCAAAGCAUCCAGCCAGAGGAACUGGUCCCCACCCCGGGGCCAGCAUGCAGGCAGAGCACAGUCCUGGGACCUCAGCACAGAUCUGACUCUUCAGGAGGUGCGGAUCUUCUUGGAUGACAUCAAUGACCAGUCCCCCCAGUUCACCAAGUCGGAGUACACAGCGGGCGUGGCCACAGAUGCCAAGGUGGGAUCAGAGCUGAUCAAGGUCUUGGCUGUGGACGCUGAUGUGGGCAACAACAGCCUAGUCCUGUACAGCAUCCUGGGGAUCCGCUACAUCAAGCAGCACUCCAAUGAUUCUGAGGAGGUGGCCAACAUCUUCAGCAUUGGUACUCUUGAUGGCAUCCUAAGAACCUUUGAUCUCUUCACGGCCUAUAAUCCUGGCUACUUUGUGGUGGACAUCAUGGCCUCUGACCUGGUGGGCCACAAUGACACAGCCAUUGUGGGGAUCUACAUCCUGCGGGAUGACCAGAGAGUCAAAAUUAUCAUCAAUGAGAUCCCCGAUAAGGUCAGGCAGUUUGAGGAAGAGUUCAUCAGUCUGCUUUCCAACAUCACGGGUGCCAUCGUUAACACUGAUGAUGUGCAGUUCCAUGUGGACAAGAAAGGCCGGGUGAACUUCGCACAGACAGAGCUGCUGAUCCAUGUGGUGAACAGAGAGACCAACCGCAUCCUGGAUGUGGAGCGGGUGAUUCAGAUGAUUGAUGAGAACAAGGAGCAGCUGAGGAACCUCUUCAGGAACUAUAAUGUGCUGGAUGUACAGCCCGCCAUCACUGCCCGUGCCCCGGACGACCUCUCAGCUCUGCAGAUGGCGAUCAUCGUGCUGGCUGUCCUGCUCUUCCUGGCUGCCAUGCUCUUCAUCCUCAUGAACUGGUAUUACCGCACCGUGCACAAAAGGAAGCUGAAAGCCAUUGUGGCGGGCUCCACAGGCAAUAGAGGCUUCAUGGACAUCAUGGACAUGCCAAACACCAACAAGUACUCCUUUGACGGGGCCAACCCCGUGUGGCUCGACCCCUUCUGCCGGACCAUGGAACUGGCGGCACAAGCGGAGCAUGAAGAUGACCUUCCAGAGAACCUGAGCGAGAUCACUGACCUCUGGAACAGCCCAGCCAGGACCCAUGGCACCUUCGGCAGAGAGCCCUCAGCUGCCAAGCCUGAGGAUGACCGCUACCUGCGAGCCGCCAUCCAGGAGUACGACAACAUUGCCAAGCUGGGGCAGAUCAUGCGCGAGGGACCCAUCAAGGGAUCUCUCCUGAAGGUGGUCCUGGAUGAUUACAUGCGCUUGAAAAGGCUCUUUGCCCAGCGGAUGGUGCAUAAGGCCACCUCCAGUCAGGGGGACCGCUCCUCGGUCACAGAGCUCAUCCAGAAGGAUCUGGAGGAGGACGAGGAGCGCUGCCCCAGCCAGGGCAGCCUGCGCUUUCGGCACAAGCAGCCAGUAGAACUGAAAGGCCCUGAUGGCAUCCACGUGGUGCACGGCAGUACAGGUACGCUGCUGGCCUCUGACCUCAACAGCCUCCCUGAAGAUGACCAGAAGGUGCUGGGGCGCUCACUGGAGACUCUGACUGCCGACUGUGGGGCUUACGACCACAAUGCCCGCACCGAGUCAGCCAAAUCCACCCCCCUGCACAAGAUGCGGGAGGUGAUCAUGGAGAGCCCACUGGAGAUCACUGAGCUAUGACCAGCGGCAUCCACCCAG